AUGACUGCUCCAACAGUAGAGACAAUCAAAAACGCAAACAAGGAUUGGCAGAAUUUCGUUCUCUUCACAGAAGAUGGCAAGCAACUCCUUGCCACAACAGAAGUUAAGCCAGAAGAGAUUACAACAUGGCUCGAAUUAUUCAAGGAUUUCGAUGAAACAAUCAAGGCUGGCUUAACAUAUGAUGGUGUUCACUACCACGUCCACCGUUUCUAUGAUGGAAUCUUAUAUGGUCGCGCUGAUCCAAACACAAAGAAGACAAAUGGUUUCUGCCUUCUCAAGUCCCCACGCGCUGGCGACAAGAAGCCAAUCGUUCUUCUUUUCACCUUUGAUCUCCCAGCUACAACAGCUCGUUUAGUUCCAGCUGCUAACAAAUAUUUAGAAACUAUUAAGGAAUCUUUCGAGUAA